AUGGCUCUGAAAGAAGCCUAUAUACAUAUGCGAUAUACACACUCAGUGAUCUCUCACACCACCAAGUGGGAUGAUUAUGGCUUUCCUUGGAUUCAACAUCAAGUUUUCUCGGGCAAGUGCGAACUUGAAGCCUGGGUAUCUGGUAUUAUCAAAGUGGAAGUCAGUAGCCGACAAGCUUACGAACUGCGUGAUGAGAGUAAGAAACGUUGCGCCGUCGAUAAUAAAGGCAACGCCCGAGCUUUCGCGACUCAUUUAGCAGCACCGGUGGAUAGUAUGACCGACCUACUGGACACCAAGCAUGUGCAAUUUCUUUUUCACGCCAACCACAUCCACUUUGACGGUAUGGGGUUUCGCAAGUUCGUCGGUGACCUGUUGCGUGUUCUCGCAGAGGUUGUUUCUGGCAAUAUAACACCCUGCCAACACAAUGAGACAUCUCGCCCAUGCUGCCAUAUUUGCCACCGUUCUGAAACUUAA